AUGCCAGGCCAUGUGCUCAAGCUGGUGCGGCCCGUCUCCGUGCCGGCCACCAAGAGGCCCCCGUCCGUGCACGACGCCAGGAGGGGCCAGCGGGCCCAGGCCGCCAAGCGCCGCACCUCCUUCUACCUGCCCAAGGACACCGUCAAGCACCUGCACGUCCUCUCGCACACCCGCGCCACCGAGGUCAUCGACGCCCUGCUCAAGAAGUUCACCGUGGUCGACAACCCUCGCAAGUUCGCCCUCUUCGAGCGCUCCGAGAAGGAUGAGCAAGGUACCGGCCGGGUGGGGGGCCCGCGGGGGCCGCGCAUCCCCUUUCCCGAUGCCAAGUAG